GUGGUCCUCUGAAAAAAAAAAAAAAACACGGUCCAGAAGAGAGAAGGGCAGCCGACGGGGGCGAAGUUAGCAUGUUUUUAUUUUUAAUAUCUCCCUUCAGUCACUUCACACUUUAAAAACUUUCUGACAAAAGCCACAAAGCAACUCCGGAACUGAGGCACACGGACCGGUCCGCUCGGAGAAGGAGGGACGCGACGGAACCUGACGCGUUUGUUUUUCGGGGGGGCGGGGGAGGGGGGAGUGAAGAAAAAAAAAAAAAAGUUUGGAAAGUGCGAGGUGAAAAUGGAGAACUGAGCCGAGUGAGAGUGAGAGUGGGGUGAGGAGGCCGGGUUUGGCACAAAAAGAGGCCAGUAGGCUGGGAGCCCGGCCCUGCGUGCUAACGGAGGCUAGCAGUUAGCAUGCGCCGACCCUGCGCUGCCCCGGACAACUUACGAGGGCCUCCCCUCCGCUGUUCUCCUUGAAGCCGGUGAUUCUCCGAGGGGGAGCCGCUUUAUCUGUGGCACGACCGACCAGCCACUGCUGACACUGCAGCUUCUCCCCGAUGGAUCAAAGCGUAGUUUGACGACGUAGUCUUGUUCUCUGUGGAAGCUCUGCAUGAAUCCUGAGGAGGAGUAUGUGGAGGAUGAUGCAUGAAUCCUGAAAGCCAGGACCAUACACACGCUCCCUCUCCUCCCCCUAGUUGUUUUUUGUGUGCGGUGAGCAUCCAUACUACCUCUGCUCGUGCAACUCCCAACAUUCAACAUUCUACGCCAUCUGACAUGGGGCCCUGCUAGCUUCUUCGAGGGGUUUGAGGGGGACCCCCCCUGGCUGCUGACAGUGCCGUCUGGCUGUAAAAGACUAUUGUGUCAAAAGGACGGCCAAAAAAUGCAUUUGUGAACUCUUCGACUUCUCAACUGGAUAUAAGUGGAUAUACUCACGACCUGUGACUGCUGAUGCCAGCUCAUUGGGACCCGAGUCUGAGUCUCAGCUCUAUUCAUGAACCCUGUGUCUCGUCCUGGGUGCAGCCUGGAUGUUGGACGUCCUGAGCGCGUCAAAGCGGCUGCUGUUGCGGUGAUGAGGCAGGGCUCCUGGUGGCCUGCGUGGCGGCGGCUGGCUGGGCAGUGGCCCCAGGUGAUGUGAUGGGUUGCAGGAACAGCAAGGUCCUCCCUGAGCCUCCAGGGGAUGUUCAGUUGGACCUGGUCAAAAAGGUCGAUCUGCCGCAGCCCCCUCAGACAGAUAUCUUUAAGCACUUCAUACGAGGGGAUGGCACUGGAAGCAAGAUGGGCGGGGCUGGCGGAGGGUGCGGCGACAAGGCUGACUCCGCCUCCCCGCACCAGGCCCAGGCACAGGCCGCCACACCUACCGCCUCCGCCCAGCCACCCAGGGACCCGUCCGAACUGUCGGACCCUCAGCGGAAGAAGGUGGCGAAAUAUCGAGCCAAGUUCGAUCCGCGGGUCACGGCCAAGUACGACAUCAAGGCUCUGAUAGGGCGCGGGAGUUUCAGCCGGGUGGUUCGCGUGGAGCACAAGAGCACGCGGCAGCCGUACGCCAUCAAGAUGAUCGAGACGCGAUACCGCGAAGGGAGGGAGGUGUGCGAGUCGGAGCUGUGUGUCCUCCGGCGUGUCCGUCACACCAAUAUCAUCCAGCUGAUGGAGGUCUUUGAGACGGCGGAGCGCGUCUACAUGGUGAUGGAGCUGGCCACCGGAGGGGAGCUCUUCGACCGGAUCAUCGCUCGCGGCUCCUUCACGGAGCGGGACGCCACCCGUGUGCUGCAAAUGGUGCUGGACGGCGUCAAGUAUCUGCACACGCUGGGGAUCACUCACCGGGACCUGAAGCCGGAGAACCUGCUCUACUACCACCCGGGCGCCGACUCCAAGAUCAUCAUCACCGACUUCGGUUUGGCCAGCAGCCGGAAGAAGGGCGACGAGUGUUUGAUGAAGACCACCUGCGGCACGCCGGAGUACAUCGCUCCCGAGAUCCUGGUGAGGAAGCCGUACACGAACGCGGUGGACAUGUGGGCGCUGGGGGUGAUCUCGUACAUCCUGCUGAGCGGAACCAUGCCGUUCGAGGACGACAACCGCAUGCGGCUCUACCGGCAGAUCCUCAAGGGGAAGUACAGCUUCUCUGGAGAGCCGUGGCCCAGUGUGUCCAACCUGGCCAAAGACUUUGUGGAGCGAAUUCUGACGGUGGACCCCAGUGAGCGGCUCACAGCGGGCCAGGCCCUCAAGCACCCCUGGGUGGUCAGCAUGGCCGCAUCGUCUUCCAUGAAGAACCUACAGCGCUGUAUAUCUCAGAACCUCCUGAAGCGGGCGUCCUCGCGCUGCCAUAGCACCAAGUCGGCCCAGUCCACGCGCUCCAGCCGCUCCACCAAAUCCAACAAGGCUCGGCGGGUGCGAGAGAAGGAGCUGCGCGAGUUGAACCGUCGCUAUCAGCAGCAGUACAACGGCUGACGCGGGGGAACGUAGCCGCCAUAUCUGUAGCGGACCUUAUACUUAAAGGGAAAACAGCACUACAAUGACUGAAAUUUUACAAUGACUACCACCAUUUUAUGUUGCUUCCAGUGUGAAAGGCCUAAAAUGGCCUUAAGUCCCAGGUCAUUGCCUUGAAAACAGGGCAAUAACUUGACUAAAUCAGUGUCUACAAACAAAAGUGAAAUUACGGCUGAAAAGUAACUGCUGCCACUCAAGGCUAUAGAGCAAGUCAAAAAUGAUCCCUGAUCCAUAAAGACAGUUUAAAUCAAUAAAUUCCUAUGGCAUUGUGUCUCCUGACGAGAACACAGAAGGACAUGCCAGUAAAAUAUUGUACUGCAACGGUCACAUCAUCUCUCCGUCCAUUCCUUCAUCUUUUCUUUGGCUGGAUGGUGCCUUCCACUCCUUUUUUUUUAAUUUUGUCUUUCAAUUCCUGUGUCUCUACAUAUUUAUUUAUUAUUGUUGACAUGAUUAUUAGUCUCCAUUCAAAUGGUCACUGGAUAAUGACCUUUCCGCGAGGAUCUGUUGAACAGAGUUCUGGGUACUGAAGUUUCUAGAUACGUCUAGAAGUGGGGAAACCAAAUUCCCCUCACUCAUUCCUGGUUGAAAAAUUGCUGUGAAUUUAUUAUUUUUACUAAUUGUACAGACCGUGUCUGCCUUAAGAUAUGGACGAUGGAAACACACUGCAACAUAACCAAACUUUUGAAGGCCAAAACUAAGGAAUACUUUGCAGUAGUCAGUUCAAAGUUGAUCUAAUCUUGCCAAUUUUUGCUCUGUUAAUAUCGGUGUUCCGAAGCUGUCAAAGAGAUUGUGAAGCUGUUCUUUAAUUGUUUAGUGUUAAAUGUGUUGACUUAGAUAAUAGGCGACACAGCCCUUUUAGCCCUUAAAGUAUUGGCUAUGAGCCUGUCCUGUUGUGGACUAUAACAGUAUUCAACUGAUUCAUUAGACCUCAGGAUGGUACAUGACCAUUUGGAGUGUUGAGUGUCUUAAAGUUUACUUGUUGGUCGUAGUGAGAAUGCCACGUGGUCUUAGACUAGCAAUACAGGCCAAAUCUUUAGUUAUAGAGAGACCAACUGCUGUUGGAUGUACCAGCUCUCUGUAAGUUCAAACUUGGCAGAGUCAAUAAGUUAGCAUAUACUUAUCAAAGAUUCAUGCAUCACUUAUUUAAAAUGGGUUGCACCAUAGAAAGUAGUUUUAAUGUAGAAAUGAAGUUGUAACUGAAUAUUUACUCGCAGCAACUGCCUGUAAAUGUAACGUACUCUUAGCUAAGAGAACUAUCUAACUGAUGAACUAAUGUUAGCUAAUACUAGUAUGCACUACUGUUAGAUAGAACAACUCUUAGCUAAUUCUAGCUAUCUGACAGAACUGCUGUUAGCGUGUACUAUGAGCUAACAGAACUAGCCACCAAACAGAACUAACGUUGGCUAUUACUGUUGGCUAACAGAACUAGAUAACUAACAUGUCCAAUGUUAGCUGGUGCUGUUAGCUAAUAGAUCUAGCUAACUGACAGAAUGUUAGCUAGUACUGUUAGCUAACAGAACAAGCUAACUGACAGAACUACUGUUAGAGCAUACUAUUACCUAACAGAUCUAGCUAACUGACAGAACUAAUGUUGGCUAAUACUAGCUAACUGACAGAACUACUGUUAGCGUAUGCUAUUAGCUAAAAGGUCUAGCCAUCAAUCAGAACUUACUGUUAGCUAACAGAACCAGCUAACUGACAGAACCACUGUUAGUGCAUACUAUUUCAUAACAAAUCUAGCUUACUGACAAUGUUAGCUAGUACUGUUAAGUAACAGAUCUAAAUAACUGACAGAAUGCUGGCUAACAGAACAAGCUAACUGAGAGAAUUACUGUUAGCGUGCACUAUUAGCUAACAGAUCUAGCCAUAAAUCAGAACUAAUGUUAGCUGGCUCUGUUAGCUAACAGAACUGGCUAACUAACAUAACUAAUGUUAGCUGGUGCUUUUAGCUAACAGAACAAGCUGACUAAUAUAACCGAUGUUAGCACCAGCUAACUGACAGAACUACUGUUAGAGCAUACUAUUAUGUAACAGAUCUAGAUAACCGACAGAACUAAUGUUGGCUAAUACUAGCUAACUGACAGAACUACUGUUAGCGUGUGCUGUCAGCUAACAAGUCUAGCCACCAAACAGAACUAACGUUGGAUAGUACUGUUAGCUAACAGAACCACCUAAUUUGUGGUGGUUACGAAGGCACUUGACAUUUAAAUUAGUUUAUUAGCAAUUGACUUACACAAUGACGUCGUAGUUUAAAUGGUGCAACCCGUUUGACACUUGCUACAGUUACUAAAUCUUAAUUUUCAACUUCAUGAAUAGCUGGUGCAAACCAAUCCUGGCCUCUGUCUGUUCCCACCAGUCUCAGCCACUGGCAUGCUAACUAAUUGUAAAAUUGAAAUUUUUUUUUUCUUCUUAAAACAAAGUGUUGAAAUGUCACUGUCUGUUGUAUGGGGGUAGUAGAUACCAAUGUAGCACUUAAUAUGCAAGAACAACCAGAAACAGAAGAGUUUUAGAAAGAUUGGCCCAUUUAGACAAAAAAGCUUGUGGAACAUGGACUACAGAUGAGCGGAGGAAACUUUGGCUUUCAAUACUUUUUUCAUCCGAUUUCGGUGGUUGCAUAGUACGACAACUUUGAGAUAGGCAGGUUGUGUCUGACUCAUCCUAAAGUACAAUCUCUUUAAGAACAAAAUGAGGGAAACCACUGAAGGUAAUGAGGAGCAUGUUAGAGGUGAAUCAAAUGGCCAUUAAAAACAAAUAUUAUUUGAAACAUGAUUUACAAAACCUAGCACGAGGAAUCACACAGUCUAGUGCCGAAGACUUUUUUAAAAAAAAAGAAUUAUUUUUGUCUUUAAGUGCACUUAAUUCAGAAUCUAGGGUUACUGUAAUGACUCUAGUCGUAAUAUCAACAGUAAAGAAUUCUGCCUUAUUGAAUCUGAAUCAUAACUAGUACAAUACCUAUCGGGUGGAUUGUCAACAUCCUCACAUGAUAAGGUAUUUAUGACCACUGCACUAAUCAGAGCUGUUGAUAUAAUAGCAGUAUUCUGGAGAAUUUAGCUUGAUGAGAAAUUUUAGUUUUGUGCUAUUGUGGUGUAGUGUAAAUGGCAAACCUGUUCUGGAUUUAUUAAAACAGUUGAAGCAUAGCGAAAUAAACAACAGACAUGUCUACUUGUUAAGGUUAUUGAUAAUUACAUGUGAUUCUCAGAAAUUUCUUGCACUUAAUGGUCUUCAUUCCCAAAUAGGUCAGAAAAUGAUGUUAUACGUAACACCACUCACAGAAUCAGCCAAAUCGAUGGGCCUCAUUUUCCUUUAUUAAAAUGUCUUUAAUCUAACAAAGCACUUCAUGCACAAAGUGUCAUUGACUUUUGUUACGUGGACCUGUUCACUGCAUUAUGUAUUUGUCCUUCAGAAGACCCCAGAGGGAAUCGGAAGGUGCAGUGUGGACUUUUUUUUUUCAUCCUUCAUAUGAGUAUUUUUUGCUGUGAUCUGCCCUAGACUUGUAAAAUGUGUUGUGUGCUGUCUUUGUGAACUUUUUUUUAUUUUUUUAAAACACAUACUGGAAACUUAACCGAGCCAUGUCAGCUGACCUCAGUUUGUCUUUUUGUUUUUGUCUUUUGGCCUUCGCUCUGCUGUCUUUCUGAUGCUACUUCCCCCAACCCUCCCCCCCCAAUUUUUCCUUGAUGCAAGGUUACCUUUUGAACCAUUUUUCUUUUGUCCCGUUGCUGUCAUCUGAUCGGAUAUCUCACCUCUCGGUGGGAGUACAAUGCAAAUAUCUUUUAAGUCUGUAAGUGACACUUAAAUUAUGACUGGUUUCAGUACACAAAUCUUUACCCUAUCUCUGUUUGAGAGAUACUCCAUCCCAAAAUGUUGUCAUUUCAAUCUCAAAUGCAAAUGUGUCUUUUAAAGACACAUUUGGGGUGAAAUAUCAGUCUUUCUAUAAUAUGAAGAUAAGCGGUAGCCUUAAUUCUUGAUUCUUAUAGAGCAAAGUGUAUGUGUGAAAUAAUAAAAUGUUUAAACCAUUUUUUUUUUUCAAAUGUCAAAUAUAAGAAUCACAGUCGUAAAGAAAUAAUUUGGACUCCAAAGAAUUGCAGUGGUUCAAUUCGUCUGCAGCGUUGUUGAGUACCUGUUGUAUACCGUGUUCAAUUAUAACCAAACAAGUUCGUAAGCAGUUUUUGCAGAAUGUCAGCAAGUUUUCAUUUUGAUGUUUUAUUUUUAUUUUUACAUUUUUUUUACACAUAUAUGUGUGUGUGAUUUUGUAUAAAUGCUGUCCUAAAUGAAGUAGCCAACUCAACACUGUUACCCGGGAACAGUUGUUCAUCUUGUGUUAAUGUGUCAGAAUAAAUAACACUUUGAUUCCUCUACCAUUAACUUUUUUUUUUUUUUACGGUAAGUUGUUGUAUGUGCCAAUAAAACACCUGAACCUGA